AUGGCAACCGUUGUCACUAAUUCUCAAAAAAAGAAUGUGAAUUCUAAUGUCCAACAACCAGGAGUACGUAAAAAAUCUGGCCCUAAGUUUGAAUUAUCAGACGAACAGCGUCGAGAUAUUAAAGAAGCAUUUGAUUUAUUUGAUACUGAAAAUACAGGUAAAAUUGAUACAAAAGAAUUAAAAGUUGCAAUUCGCGCUUUAGGCUUUGAGCCAAAAAAGGAGGAAAUAAAAAAAAUGAUAGCUGAAAUUGACAAAGGUGAUGGAAAAGUAGCAUUUGAGGACUUUCUUGAUUUGAUGACUGUGAAAAUGGCAGAAAAAGAUACUAAAGAAGAAAUUAUGAAAGCUUUUAAGCUUUUUGAUGAUGAUGAAACAGGCAAAAUAUCCUUCAAAAAUUUAAAAAGAGUAGCAAAGGAACUUGGUGAAAACUUGACAGAUGAAGAGCUCCAUGAAAUGAUAGAUGAAGCAGACCGAGAUGGAGAUGGUGAAAUAAACCAGGAAGAGUUUCUAAGAAUAAUGAAAAAGACUAGUCUCUAUUAA